UCGGUUAAUUUCUAAACCGGAAAUCUCAGACAAGUUGUGUAAUUACAUAAACACCCUUCUGAAAAAUUUGGUGGGAAACUUUUCAAUUUUUGUUUUUGUUUUUUGUCAUAGCUGCUUUCUUCCAUAAAGCUGGCUCACCGGUGCACAACAAAGCAGACCAAACAUUUAUAAACAGAGGAACACAAAAGGAGAGAGUUGUGCAGAGAAUAGUAGUUUUUGGCUAUUCUCCGUAACUUUGUUCACAACAUACGGGAGAAAAUAAACAAAAGCAGAUACAAGGAUCUUGGAACGGAAACUCAUAUAUAUAAAGAAAUGAAAAAGAGUAAGACUUUGAUUUUGAUAACAAAGACAAGAUACACGAUCUUUUAAAUUGUGUCCGAGAAGACAAAAAAAAAAAUGAAGGAAGAAGAAGAAGAAGAAAAAGCAUGAGCUCUGUUUUUGCUUAUUUAACCUCACCAAGGCGCAUGUUAGCUAAAACCACAGUAAUGUACACCUUCCUUCACGCUAUUCAGAAUGUGACGCCGUUCGUACAACCCACAUAUUGCAUCUUCUUCUCUCUCUCCAACUCUGCCACGCUUUCUCUCUCUAAAUUUUUCUCUCACCCAGAAAUUAAAAAAAAAAACAAUUCUUUCUCAGUUUUUGUUAUCCAAAUCAUAAGAAAGGACUCUUUUUUCUUUAUAAAAAUUUGAUCUUUCUGAAAACUGAAGAUAGAGAUAGAGCGAGAGAAGUUAGGAACGUCUCUUCUUCUCUCCCUUCCUCCAUACAAAUAAAAUAAAAACUGCAAAGUUUGCGACUUUCCUUGUCAGAGAAGACGAUCGACUUUCUCUUGAUUCUUACUCGUGACAUCGGAGAGGUAGGUUAGGGUUCGCGGAACGAUUUGGGAAGCUUGAUGCUCUGAUUGUUGUUUCUGAGAAGAAGAAGGAAGAUGAUUAUCAAACGGGAACUUAAAACCCAGAUGAUACCGAGUUUGAAACGGUGCAGACUCAGUAACUCGGUGAGUCACUCCACGAAGAAGAGGAAGUCCAACUUGGGAGGUUACUACUACCCUCUCAGCCUUCUCGGAGAUAUCUCCUCCGGGAUCGUUCCAGGCGGAGGUCCGAAUGGUUUCUCUACGAGGGAGGCUCCGUCUGGAGUCUCCCGUCCACCGCUUGUUCCGACAUCUAGGGGGAGAAUCCGUAUGCUUCCUUCUCGGUUCAACGACUCGGUGCUCGACAACUGGAGGAAAGAUGGCAAGAACGGCAGAGAGGGUGAAGUUGAACGCAGGAAGGAGAAAGCUAGUAGUAGUUUGAAAAGCAAGCAACUUGAGGCUCGUGCUUGUGUUGUUGUCAGAGAGAGGGAAGACGAAAGGGUUCAGAGAGAAGGUUUUUAUGGGCCUGAGAACUUUUAUUCAGGCGACUUGGUUUGGGCUAAGUCUGGAAGAUCUGAGCCUUUCUGGCCAGCUAUUGUUAUUGAUCCGAUGGUACAAGCGCCAGAGCUUGUCUUGCGUUCUUGUAUACCUGAUUCAGCCUGCGUUGUCUUCUUUGGUCACUCUGGGAACGAGAGUGAAAGGGAUUAUGCAUGGGUGAGGAGAGGGAUGAUCUUCCCUUUUCUGGAUUAUGUUGCCAGGUUCCAGGAACAGUCUGAGCUGCAGGGAUGCAGCCCUGGGAGGUUUCAGAUGGCUUUGGAGGAAGCAUUUUUGGCAGAUCAGGGAUUCAUGGAGAAGUUGAUGGAUGAUAUUCACACGGCUGCUGGUAACUCGAGUUUUGACGAUUCUUUCCACAGAUGGAGUCAUGAUCUCAAUAACAAUGCUCCAAGCCAGGAGUUAAAGAAUUGCAGAAAUCCACUAGCCUGUGCAGGAUGUGAAACAGUCAUUUCUUUUGAGAUGGCUAAAAAAAUGAAAGCUCUGACUCCCGGUGAUCAAUUGUUGUGUAAACCAUGCUCAAGGGUGAAAAAGUCAAAACACAAUUGUGGUAUAUGCAAGAGGAUAGGGAAUCAUUUGGACAGGCAAACCUGGGUGAAAUGUGAUGGUUGUAAAGUUUGGGUACACGUAGAGUGUGACAAAACAUCAGAUAAACAUUUGAAGGGUUUGGGAGAAACAGAUUACUACUGUCCUACUUGCAGAGCUAAAUUCAACUUUGAGCUAUCAGAUUCAGAAAAACCAAAGUUAAAACUUGGAAAAGGCGAUGGUGGGAUGGUUCUUCCUGACAAGGUUAUUGUGGUAUGCUCUGGAGUUGAAGGAAUCUAUUUCCCAAGUCUCCAUCUAAUCGUAUGUAAGUGUGGCUCAUGUGGACCUCAAAAGAAAGCACUUAGUGAAUGGGAAAGGCAUACUGGAUCGAAAGUAAGAAAUUGGAAGACGAGUGUGAAAGUCAAAAGCUCAAAGCUGCCGCUAGAAGAAUGGAUGAUGAAGUUAGGAGAGUUGCAUGCAAAUGCUACAGCAGCUAAUGUUCCUAAACGACCUUCCAUAAAGCAGAGAAAGCAGAAGUUGCGUGCUUUUCUGUCAGAGAGGUAUGAACCGGUCAAUGCGAAAUGGACAACAGAACGAUGUGCUGUUUGUAGAUGGGUUGAAGACUGGGACUACAACAAGAUUAUUAUCUGCAACAGAUGCCAAAUAGCAGUGCAUCAAGAAUGCUAUGGGGCUACAAAUAUUCACGAUUUCACCUCAUGGGUCUGUAAAGCAUGCCAGAAGCCAAGUAUUAAGCGGGAUUGCUGCCUCUGCCCUGUAAAAGGAGGUGCACUAAAGCCAACUGAUGUGGAAACACUGUGGGUUCAUGUGACGUGUGCUUGGUUUCAGCCUGAAGUAUGUUUUGCAAGUGAUGAAAAAAUGGAACCAGCUGUUGGGAUUUUGAGUAUUCCAUCUAGUAAUUUUGUCAAGAUAUGUGUGAUAUGCAAACAAAUACAUGGCUCGUGCACUCAGUGCUGCAAGUGCUCUACGUAUUAUCACGCCAUGUGUGCCUCCCGAGCUGGUUAUAGAAUGGAGUUGCACAGCUUGGAGAAAAAUGGUCGGCAGAUAACAAAUAUGCUAUCCUACUGUGCUUACCACAGAGCUCCAGACCCAGAUACUGUGUUAAUUAUGCAAACUUCUAAAGAUGUCUUCUCUGCAAAAGGUCUUGUCCAAAACAAGAAGCAAGGCGGUUCCAGGCUCAUUUCAUCAAUCAGAAGAGACGAUAAAGAGUCACCCGCAGAGGAUACCGUUACAUGUGAUCCGUUUUCUGCUGCUCGUUGUCGAGUAUAUAGAAGAAAUACCAAUACCAAGAAGAGGAGUGAAGAAGAAGCUAUCCCUCACCACACAAGGGGACCAAGCCAUUAUCCAUCAGCAGCAAUCCGAACUCUAAACACUUUCAGGCAUGUCCCGGAGGAACCCAAAUCGUUUUCAUCUUUCAGAGAACGACUUCGCCACUUGCAGAGGACAGAAAUGGAUAGGGUCUGCUUUGGGAGAUCUGGAAUACAUGGAUGGGGUCUUUUUGCUAAAAGAAUUAUCCAAGAUGGAGAAAUGGUUAUUGAAUACAGAGGGGAACAAGUGAGAGGCAGCAUUGCAGACUUGAGAGAAGCGCGUUACCGCAGAGAAGGGAAGGAUUGCUAUCUGUUCAAGAUCAGUGAGGAAGUAGUGGUUGAUGCUACAGAUAAAGGGAAUAUUGCUCGGCUGAUCAACCAUUCGUGUACGCCAAAUUGCUAUGCAAGGAUAAUGAGCGUAGGAGAUGGGGAAAGCAGGAUAGUUCUGAUCGCCAAGGCCAAUAUAGCUGUGGGAGAGGAGUUAACGUAUGAUUACUUAUUUGAUCCAGACGAGCCAGAGGAAUUCAAGGUGCCAUGUCUAUGUAAAGCUCCCAACUGCAGGAAAUUCAUGAAUUAGAUUAGAUAAGGUGCACAUGAUACAACAUGAAGAAGAAGAUAAAGAAGCCAAGCAAUAUUCUCCUUUUUUCUUAUAUAUAUAUUGCUCAAGAAACGAUAUAGUUUAUAGGUAGUGAGCUAAUAAGUGACCCAACUCUUUAUCCCUUUUCUGGCUCUCUGUAUAGACAACUUGUUAGUUUCAGGAAGAAUCCAGUUUUAAUUAUUCUUGUCAAUGAUGCAUCUUCCUGAGCCUCAGUUGAGUUGCCUGGAUUGGGUAAUGAACCUAUCUCCUCCGUCUGUUCUUAUUUCUCUCUCUUUCUAGUUCACUGAAUGCAGCUUCCUCCUCCAAUUUCCAAAAGCCUAUCCUUUUUUAUCGCAUGCGUCAUGCAGCGAUUUGUCAAAACUAGAGUUAUUCCGGCCUAAACACGUUUCAGAAAAACAUUAUACUUUUCACUUUUGAAUAUAGUGGCAUGAAUCUAAAUGAAAAUGAAUUUUUGACCCAAAUGUAAAAUAUAUUUUUUUGUCCUAUCAACUAAUUCGGUAGGUUUUGGAUAAAAAAACACUUAGUGUAAUAAAGUGAAUUGGCUAUCAUACUGACUAAUCCAAAUUUAGAAUAUCUUCCGGUUAAUAUCAGGAUAUCCAAAUGUUUUGUUACUGAAACUGCAUGGACCAAGCUCAAAUCUAAAUUGGCUAAAUGGCACCAAUUUUUGUUUUCACAUGAAAUGGAGCCAUGACAGACAGAUUCACACCUUGUCUCAAAUUUUACCACUAGACUACCAUUUUGUUCAUUAAAGACCUUUUUAAAUAGACCAAAGAAAAAAAAUGUAACGAGCAUAUUUAGUGGACUUUUUGACACAUGGAUUGCCAUUCUUUAGGCCAUUUCACCAUCAAAGAGUUGUAUAUUGUGGAGCCCCUUUACAAAAUCUGAAUAUUCUCUAUAUGAGUGGCCUACCUUCGUUUGACUCAUCGUAAGAGCCUAAGACCGUUCGUACUAGUAACGAAAAGAAGACUGUUUCCUGUUUGUCCAUCUUGUACUAAAACCCGUAUUCCUAGCUUCCUACAUCUCUAAAACACACACACCACACAAAUUUUGAUUGAAAAGAAUCAAAGAUAUAUCGACGUCUUGCUUAUUGGCUUCUUAAGAGCAUCUCCAAAAGGAACUCUAUUUUGAAGUUUCCAAAACUCUAUAUUUGAAGUUUAAAGGUGUUUUUCUCCAAAAACAAAAAUUCAAACUAUUUAAACUCAAACAAAAUACCAUGUUAUUUCAAAAAAUGAUUUUCGUAAUACAUAUAUGAUCUAUUAGUGGAUUUUGAAGUAAAAAUGGCUUUCCUCAUUUUUACUUUGUAGAUUACGAGUUAAAAGUUAUUGAAAUCGGGUAAUAUUUAUACUUGUAAAUACAUUAGAUCGGAACAAGAAACUAAAAGAGAAACAAAAAAUAUUGCUAAAAGACUAAUUUUAUUUUCGAUGAUAUUGAUACUCGUGAAUAUAUUCGAUAUGAACAAGAAAGAAUUGUACGAAAAUACAUAAAAAACAACAACAACAAUUAUCUUCAGUUACACAAAACAUCUGGACAAUAUUUGAAAAUUUUGAAGAUUCCGGAUCAAACUUACCUGACUAUUAGUGUUGUUGUAAUAUUUAAAUUUUUGUAAUAGUUAUGUCUUCAUGUAAUUUUUUAAAAUCUUUUUGUUAAGUUUUUUUGUAUAUUAUUGUUGUCUAAAUCUAGCUUAAAAUAUUUUAAAUCUUAUUUUAAAUUUUUAUUUAAUUUUAUGUGUAAAAUUUAAAAUAUGUAAACAAAAUUUAAAAUAUUUAUGAGAUAUAUUUUUUAAGGAUUAAAACAACAAACGGGAAAAUAUUUAUAAAUCAUAAAGGUGAUGUGUAAUUGUAUGAAC